CCUCCCCUCGCAUCUUGAAGCUCCUUCGUGAACCGAACCAUCUCUUAAUUUCACCCUUCACUCAAUUGCCAAGAUCACAUCACAAUGGGCUCAAACCCAUUCAGAGCACUAUUCGGAACCAUCAAGAAGAAGCCCGCGAAAGCACCCGAUGGCCAGACCGACGCAGAAGCAGCUCCCGGGGGCAAGCCCGGAGAUGAGAAUCCAGUGAAGACAUCGAUUCUCCACGACCUCACCCACCUUGACCUCAAAGAAGCCGAAACGAUGGCCCAAGCUCUCACCACUAUCGUGUCCCAAAAGCCCAUGAACGACAAAGAGCUCCUCCUCGAAAAUGGUGUCUCAAUGCUCCAGUCACUUCCCCUCAACAGCGGGCUCAGCCAAACAAUCUCCAAUGACUUCAUCGCCAUGCUCUAUCGCGACCUUCCUCAUCCACCACCAACAAGAGCAGGCCAUCCAGCUAGAUAUCGCGAGAAUGAUGGAAGCGGCAACAAUCCCUGGACGCCUGGAAUGGGCAAAGCCGGCUCGCCCUACUCUCGCAGCGUUCCCCCUUCCAAACCCAAGGGUCCUAAUCUCCCAGAUCCCGAACUCGUCUACGAUCAACUCCUCAAACGCACCGGUCCAUUUCGCGAACAUCCAUCUGGUCUCAAUCGCUUGUUCUUUUCUUUCGCUACUAUAGUUAUCCAUGAAUGUUUUCAGACUUCAAGAUCGGAUCCGUGGAUUAAUGAGACAAGCAGUUAUGUCGACUUGAGCACGCUGUAUGGAAAUACGGGAAAGGAGCAGAAAAGAGUGCGGACUCAUCAUAAUGGGCUUAUAUUCCCGGAUUCGAUCGCGAGCGAGAGGAUUAUGAUGAUGCCUCCUGGUGUUGUGGCGGUAUUGCUUAUGUUCUCCAGAAAUCACAAUUCGAUCGCAAAGAAUUUGCUAGUGAUUAAUGAGAGCGGGAAGUAUGGAGCUUGGGAGAAAUUAACCGAUAAGGAGAAAACUUGGCAAGAUGAAGACAUUUUCCAGCUCGCUCGCAAUAUCAAUGUUGGUUUCUUUGCUUCGGUGGUCCUCCAUGACUACGUUGCGGCUAUUCUCAACACACCACGUGCCAACUCAACCUGGUCACUUGAUUUGGGGGCUGAAAUCAAGCAGCUUGGAGUACGAGUCGAUCGAGGACGUGGCAAUGUGGUAUCCGUUGAAUUUGCUGUCCUCUACCAUUGGCAUGCCGCUCUCAGUGCCGCUGAUGACAAAUGGAUGCAGUAUGUCUUGAAGGAUGCUGAACCUGGGCUCAAAUCCAUGGAUGAUGUGGACUUGGAUGUUUACAAGAGAGUAAUGUAUAAAGGUGGCCACGACCUCUUAGCUAAGAAGGCAAAGGAAUGGACAUUUGGAGGCUUGAAGCGAGGUCCAGAUGGGCGAUUCAGUGACUAUGAUCUUGCGGAGAUUAUUAAAGGAUGCAUUGAAGAGCCAGCUCAUGCUUUUGGAGCUCAUGGCACGCCCCAAAGUCUGAAGAUUGUGGAUAUCCUGGGCCAACUUCAAGCUCGGGAGUCUUUCAAUGUUUGUACCAUGAACGAGUUCCGUAGAUAUCUUAACCUGCAAGAAUAUAAGAGCUUCGAAGAAUGGAAUCCGGACAAAGAAACCGCCAGAGCCGCUGAACUUCUAUACGGCCAUAUUGAUAAUCUUGAACUGUACCCCGGCCUGAUGGCAGAAUGCACCAAGCCCGCCAUGCCCGGCAGCGGUGUCUGUCCAGGCCAAACCACUGGUCGAGGGAUCCUUGACGACGCAGUAGCUCUUGUCCGUGGUGACCGUUUUCUCAGCUACGAUUUCAACAGCAGCACCCUCACUAAUUGGGGGUUUGCGAAACUCUGUUCGAUUACGCCAGGAGCGUACGGCGGCGUGCUGCCCCAUCUCCUCUUUAAUGGUCUUCCAGCAGCCUGGACAGGAACCUCUCCAUAUGUCCUCCUCCCGUUCUAUACUCCGAAGGCAGCGAAUGGAAUCUUGGAGCAAAAUAAAGUCAUCAAUCUCUACGAUCUCGAGCGUCCCAAGAGCGACAUGGAAAUCAUCGGAAUCCACACCCACGAAGGCUGCAAGAAGGUCUUCGAAGACCGCGAGAAUUUUGUCGUGAUGUACCAGAAAGCCAUCAGAGACUGCACAAAUGGUCACGACUUCAUGAUCGGCUGGGACGAUCCAGCUCGCCACGAUCCUCGCUCCAGCCUCCUGCACAAAGUAUUCUUCGAGGCCGGGUUCGAGGAGAACGUCACUACGUUCUUCCGGUCCAACGUCUCGCGCUUGAUAUCUGAGCACUCGCUCAAAUAUUCAAAUAGCACCCGCCGAUCAAUUGACAUUGUGCGCGACGUCACCAAUGUGGUCCCGAUUCUCUGGCUUGCCCAACGCUUCGCAAUCCCACUCAAGGCUCGCGAAACACCCCAUGGCUUGAUCUCGAUCCCUGACCUAUUCAUGUCGUACUUGGUGCUCUUCAUGUACCAAUCCUUCAACAUCCUCCCUGCCAGCGAGUGGACUCUCCGCGACGGAGCACGCAAAGCCGCCAUUGGCUUACGGGAAAUAUUCGAUGCACACUUGAAGACGGCGUCAGGCAUCACUUCCGAAAUUGUGGACUGGCUCGCCGAGGGGACUGCUUUCGAAGUCUCUGCUCAGGCUAAGAGGCUUUACGAGGAGUUACUGAAAAGCAAGCUCCCGAUUGGGGAUCUGGUUGGAGAUUGCAUCGGAAUGGGUGCUCCUGUCGCGGGCAACAUCACGCAGCAAGCUUCCCUACUCAUCGACUUAUAUCUCUCAGCUGGAUAUGAAGAGUACAAAGAUCGUAUCAUCGAGCUCUCGAAACUUGAUACUCCUGAAGCGGAGCGCGAACUUCAAGGUUUUGUCUUUGAGGGUAUGCGUCACGCGGGCGCUGUUCCUGGUCUGCCUCGUAUCGCAACGAAAGACAUCACCGUUGAAGAUGGCGCUCAUGGCCCGGUUUCGAUUAAGAAAGGCCACACAGUGCUCAUCGCAACGUCUGUUGCCGCCAUGGACCCGAAGCAGUUUCCCAACCCAGAGAAACUCGAUCCUCAUCGUCCGUUUGAGGAUUACAUCUUGCUUGGGCAUGGACUGCAUUACUGCUUCGGUGCAAGGCUGAUUGGGUCGUCAUUGGCUGCAACGUUGCGGGAGGUGUUCAAGCUGAAGAAUGUGCAGAGGGGCAAGGGGGGAGGAGGGAGUUUCAUGAGGGUUGAGGAGGAGUUUGCGGGGGUUAGGUUCACGAAGUAUUUGGAUGCUAAUGCGGCAGAGAGUCCGAUUCCUACGACAUUGACGAUUGAGUAUGAGGAGUGAUCUGGAAGGGAGAUGGACUUGGGUGAAGGGAAGAGAUUGUGGAGGGUUAGGCGUUUGAUGGCAUAAUCUUUGACGGGAAAAUGAAUUGUAUGAACUCUCUAUGCUUGGCAAUGGUUUCUUCGUUCGUUAAUUUCUAGAUGGAUUAAUAAAUCCGUGGACUUCUCG